AUGGUAGUGGUUGUGGUAGUUAGGGUGGUGAUAAUAAUGAUGAUGCCUGUAGUGGUGGCGAUGCUAAUGAUGAUGAUAAUUGGUGGUGAUGAUGAUUAUAUUGGUGAUGCUUAUGAUAGUGAUGAUGCUGAUGCUGAUAAUGAUGAUACUGAUGAAGAUGAGGAGGAAGAGGAGGAUGCGUUUGAUGUUUAUGAGGAAGAUGAGGAUGCGGAUGGGGAUGAGGAUAAUUAUGCUUACUAUCACUUCCCGCUCACUCCCUCUCCCUAA